GUGAGUGUGAGAGUGAGUGAGGCUCAAGUGAGGCUCGACGACACACAUGCUUUACUGCUUUGGGUUAUAGAGGAGGGCCCCAUUGGUUUGCCUCUAAUAUACAACAUUAUCUCGGGCACUGUAGACGAGACGAGGGAGUGAAUCGUCAUUUUUUUCUCUCGGUUGACCAGUGCCAUGAGCCAUCCGUGAGCAGCAGUGAUGAAUCCCCAGAGCCGGGUGGCCCUGGACAUCUCGACCAGGAACCCCCUGGACGACUUCGAAAUGCAGCUGCGCGUCGGCGGGGGAACCUAUGGCGAGGUCUAUAAGGCUCGUAACAAACAAACAGGGGAACUGGCAGCCAUCAAGGUAAUCAAAAUGGAGCCUGAGGAUGACUUCUCUGUGAUCCAGCAGGAGAUUGUCAUGGUAAAGACCUGCAAGCAUCCCAACAUAGUGGCCUAUUACGGCAGCUACAUAAGGGCCAAUAAAUUGUGGAUCUGCAUGGAAUACUGUGGUGGAGGAUCUCUCCAGGACAUCUAUCAUGUGACUGGGCCUCUCUCGGAGAUUCAGAUUGCAUAUGUGUGUCGAGAGAUGCUACAGGGUCUCGAUUACUUGCAUGGGCAGAAGAAAAUUCACAGAGAUAUAAAGGGCGCCAAUAUUCUUUUGAAUGACCAAGGAGAGGUCAAAUUAGCUGACUUUGGUAUUGCUGCACAGAUCACAGCCACGUUUGCCCGUCGGAUGUCAUUCAUUGGAACUCCUUACUGGAUGGCACCAGAGGUGGCUGCCGUGGAGAUUAAAGGAGGCUACAAUGAGCUGUGUGACGUCUGGUCGGUCGGAAUCACCGCCAUCGAACUGGCAGAACUACAGCCACCCCUGUUUGAUGUCCACCCACUACGAGUGCUCUUCCUGAUGUCUAAGAGUGGUUAUCAGCCUCCAAAGCUGAAGGACAAGACCAAAUGGUCACCCGUCUUUUACAAUUUUGUGAAAGCCAUGCUGAUCAAAAACCCCAAAAAGAGGCCGAAUGCUGCAAAAAUGCUCACGCAUCAGUUCGUGGCCCAGCCGGGCCUGAAACAGGAGCUGACACUGGACCUGCUGGAGCAGCUGCAACACCCAGAGAAGCUGAAGGAUCGAUUACAGACAGAAGACGAGGACAUGGAGACAGAUGUUUCAAAUUCACUUAAAAGAAUCCAUUCUAUUAAUCGACACAAUCAAGCAGAGAGGAGCGAUUCUGAUAUCACUUGUGAGUAUGUACAACAAAUCUACACACAGAGGCCACGAAGAAACAAUGACUCUCCAGAUACAGUGGUACGGCCGGAUGGUUGUCGAUGGAUAGAUUUUCCUGGCACAGACAGACGCACUAUAACAAGAAAUGAGACCAUUGGGUCAGAUGACGACUACGACGAUGUGGACAUACCCCAUAACAGUAGUGACAGUGAGACUGCUCCACAGAGUAUCACUCCUCCACCACUCCCACCAAAGCCCAAGGUUCGCACCAGUUCAGAGGAGAGUGUGGUGAGUGAGGAUGGCGUGUGUCACUCCCAGCAGCAGCAGCAGCAGCAUCACGGUGGCCUGUUGCCCCCUCCCCCGCUCCCCCCACUGUACCGCACCUCCAGCGGCACGCACACGCGUCCCACCCCACGGCCACGACCACGCUCCACCAGAAGCACCAACUCAGACCCGACAUCUUUCUCUGCCUAUAGAGGGGGAGGUGGGGGUGAGCCUCAGCCUCCAGACCUCCCCCCCAAGAAAGACAGGAGGAAGUGUCAUCCCAAACAGGAACCAGUUGAGUGCCCUAGUCCUGUAUCAAAAAAACCUCUUAUUAUCUUUAGGAAGGUGUUUAAUGGGUGCCCCUUGAAGAUUAAUUGUGCAACAUCAUGGGAACAUCCAACAAGUAAAGAUCAGCUCCUGAUAUUUGGUGCAGAUGAAGGCAUAUUCAUGUUGAAUCUUAACGGGCCUGAGGCCACCAUGGAACUGCUAUAUCCUGGGAAGUGCAUCUGGGUCUACACCAUCAGUAAUAUCCUAAUGUCCAUAUCAGGGAAGUCGUCUCAGAUCCAUUCACAUCAGCUGAAGGAGUUGUAUGAGCAGGCCAGGAAAGAGCAUCGCAUGGUGGCUUUACCCACUCACAGGCUGCUCCCCAGGAAGUGCUUAAUAACCACUAAAAUACCGGACACCAAAGGCUGCCAGACGUGUACUGUAGCGACGAGAAAUCUGCAGCAAGAGUGUGUCUUCCUGUGUGGUGCCCUGGAGUCCAGUGUGGUGUUGCUGCAGUGGUAUGAACCCAUGCAAAAGUUUAUGCUCAUCAAGACGUUUGACUUCCCCCUCCCGUCUCCACUGCGCGUGUUCGAGAUGGUGGUGGUGCCCGAUCAAGAGUACCCACUGGUGUGCAUCGGCGUCGCCAAGGGCAACAGUCCCGAGCAGCCCGUCCUGAUCAACACCAUCAACCUGAAUUCAAACACGUCCUGGUUUACGGCCACAGGGCAAGAGGUUUGCUGUUCAGACACGGUGCAGGUCACCCAACUUGACAAUGACACACUACUUGUGCUGAUUGGUAGCUUUGCUUACCUGGUGAGCCCUGAGGGUGCUCUGAGGAGCCAGAAGAAACUGCAGUCCGAGGUCUUCUUCCAUAUAAGUGUAGAGUCUGUUGUGUACCUCGAUGGCACAUUACUGGCCUUAUGGCGACAUGGCUGGCAACGGAGAGGAGAGAACUUUUCUGAGAUACUUCAAGAGGUCACAGACCGCAGGAAGAUCUUUCGCUUGUUGUGCUCAGACAAAGUGGUUGUCUUGGUAACCAAACAAGCUGAGGAUCAGCAUGGUCACUGCAACAUCGCUAUCCUGCAAACUGUAGAGGGCCUCGUUCCUGUACUCUGAGGGCCAGUGUUGCCAGGUAGAAAAUGCUGUAUUAUCGUACCAAAACCUCAAAAUGAUCGUUUUUGGGGGCUUUUUAGGGAGGGAAUUAUCGUACAAGAAAUGUUGUUUCAAAGCAUCUAAAUGAACUGAAUGACAACUCUGAAAUUACAAAAUGGACAAAAUGAUGGUACAAAUACGAUAAUUAUUGUACAUUGAGGUGUACAGCGCCCCCCAUAUGUCAUGCUAGUGUCAGGUUUAGAACUUACAGUGCUGCUGCUUGAGAGUAUGUGAGCCCCUGGAGCUGUUUAGAUGUUUCUGAUGUGUACCUUGAUUUUCUUACUGUAUCGUCACCAGUUUUUAUGUAUGUAUGUGUGUAUGUAAGUGUCAGGAGUAUUGCUUCAUCAAUGCCAUCAAGGCUUCUUUAUUAGAACUUGAUUAACCCUUUGAUGCCUAAAGCACCUGCAAAAAACGCCUGCUGAAUACAUAAGCCCUUUUUGGGGAAGUUGGCCCCAGCCUAUAAAACCCUAAAUAUCUUAGCCUCUGAUGCACAUAAAAAAACAUGAAAUAAGUUGCAUUUAAACCCUAAGACCCUCAUCUUACCCUCAUCUUGAAAGUGUUCAUUCAGCUGUAACAUACCCACAUUUUUAUUUAAAAAGCUAAAAUCUCAAGAGCCUGAAUGCCUGAACAUUUGUUUCUUGUGAGGGAUAUAAUACCAGCUCCAAAAUAUUCCAGCUCCAUCCAUAAGCUGUAUAACAGAUUAUUCACAAAUGGAGGGCUGUCAAUAUGACCAUCAAAACCAUCACCAGAGCCACCAGAAAGAUAUUAAAUCUGGUGAAGGCCAACAGACACAUCACCUCUGACAUUAUCUGGGGCAAAUGUGCAAGGGUCUAUGAUUAGAUAUUCAAUAUUCAAUACCAUGACCCAAAACAUUACAGCAAGUCAUUUUUUACAUUUUCAAUUUGUUGAAUUACAGGUAAUGGAUAAAUAUCACUUUUUUCUUUAUGUUCAGUAUUUGGAAAAGGUGCUUUGCAAAUUCGCAUUCGAAUGUCUGUUUGAUAAGGUUCUUUUAAUGUUUUUAUUUUUUUCUUCAACAAAAACAUUGACCAUGUCUGGCGCGCUCACAUGCAUCCAAGCAGCACUGUACAGUAUACAUACAAUGAUCGUCACAUGACUUCAGUCGCAUGCAGUUUGACUGAUUUUUGGAGCUUUUCAUUCAAAGACUCGUCCAGUUAUGGGGUGCAUUUCUCGAAACCAUAGUUACUAACCGCAUUAGCUACUCUGUUGGUUGCAAUGCAAUUUCCCAUUGGUAACUACCCAAAACUACACUUUUGAGAAAUGCACCCCGUAAUUAACCAGAAGCUGUAUCCUUGGAUCAAUGGAGGUGGAUCUGUAGGCUACUUAUGCCUUUUUCCCCACAGCAGGUUUUCUAAUAGGCCUACAGCUCGCCACAGCGCCACAGCGUGACUCGGCCACAGACACAGCUCAAUCGAAGAGCAAAAAGUGGCGAACAAGUUGAGCUGUGUCGAGCUUUGGUAGGCCUACCAGAAAACCUGCUGUGGAAAAGAGGCCAUAUUUAGCAAGUGCGUGUCGAAAUAAGCCGACACUUGUCAGGUAAAAGCUCUCAGGUACAAGCUCUAGAGCAGGGGUAAGGAACCUUUUUCAUUCGAGGGGCCACUUCAAAUUCAUCCGAGGGCCGUAUAAUGAACACAAACCAGGAUUUCCUCCUGCACUUUAGGCCUUUACUGAAGGCAGCUACAUU